CUUGUGGCUCAGAGCAUAAUUUGGCAGUAAUUGGUGGGGUGUGCUACUCUUGGGGCUGGAACGAGCAUGGCAUGUGUGGAGAUGGUACUGAGGCCAACAUCUGGGCCCCGAAGCCCGUGCAGCGUCUGCGGUCAUCAUCGGGACUCCUGGUGGGCUGUGGGGCUGGCCACUCCCUGGCCCUCUGCCAGCUGCCAGUGCAGCCUGCACUGGGCCAGGAUGGCAAAGUCACCUACCUUUCCCCAGAUACCCCCGAGGACACCGAAUCUCAGGAAGCCAUGGACAAAGAAACUGGAAGAACCGUCAGAAACUUUAACCCAAUGCCAACAUGACAGCUCUGGAAAUGGGGGACUGUGAUAGAGAACAAUGAAUAAACUGGCUUUUCCCACCGAAA